AUGAACUUGAAAGAAGAUCGAUUACGGAAGUUUGUUGAAUUGAGAUCAGCAGAUAUUCCUACAAACUGGAGUGACCGUUUUAACUGGGUAAAGAUGUUUGAACUAAUUGUUACGCUGUUUUUAUGUCUGAAGGAAGAAGAACAUGUUGAUAUGGAAUUGAAAAAAGAAAAUUCUGGUUUAACAGUUGUCCCAAAGGAAGAAACUCUUACUGCUUUUUUUGAGCUUUUCUGAAUUAUAAUAAAAAGUCAACUGUCUCUACUGACAAUGUCCAUUAUUACUUUCCCAAGAUUCUAUUUUUAAACGCAACGCACUGUAUUGACGCAGUUUGAGAAAUCACCUGUGCACAAUUUAAAGCCGUGAGUACUGAAGCUGUCUGGAUUUUUUUUUUUUCAAAAGUUUCC